CAUGUAAUAUUAAAGACCCAAAUUCUAAAAAAAUCCAUAAAAAAAUGAAGAAAUCAACAAUAAAAAUCAUUAGGAUUCACCUGAACUAAAUAAAAGGGAGCCAACAACAUCUUAAUCAGCUAAGGCUUAUAAUUCUUAGUACAAUCCAUAAUAUCAACCCCCCUGCCUUGUUAGUGGAUCCCUUAUGUAUGUUCCUAUGCCUCCACCUGCUAACUAGGCUACUAUAAAUCAAUAUUUUUAAUAAUUUUAUCCUAAUCCAGAACAAUAUUUGGAUAAGUAGUCUAUAUCAAACAAUCAAAAUAACUUAUCAGCCACAUAAAAACAAUCAGAAAUCUUAUAAAUAAUUUCUACUCCCUAAAAUGAUGUCUAAUAGAAAUAAUAAAAGCAAAAUGAAUAUGUAUAAUCAUAUAUUCCAGAUUAAGAAGAAUAAAACCUAUAAAAUAAAUCGAAACCAUCAAUAUUAGAGAAUUUUUAAAUCAUUUCAACUUGUAAAAUUAAAAAUAUGGAUCUUAGCUCAAAAACUCACAACAUGAUUAUUGUAGAUAAAAAAUUCAAAGAAUUUAUAAUUUAACCAUUUGAUGAAAAUUUGAAAAAUAAAUAAUUGGUACUUAUUUUAAUUACUCUAAGAUCAAUUCAAAUCUUAUUAUAGUUUAAGAUAAAAAUAUCACAGUUCCAGAAUUUGACUCAGUGCAGAGAUUAUGUUAAUUACAUAUGAAACCUAUAGAAAAAAUUUGUACUAAUUAUGAUUGUAAAUAAAAUAAUGAUAUUUUGCUUUGUUAAGAUUGUGCAAGAAACCAUAAAGGGCACAAUUUAUAUGAUAUUCCAGAAGUAUUAUUUCUUAUUCAAAAAAAUUAAAAAUCUUUAGAAGAUGAUGAAAAUUUUAUGAACAUAUUAAAAUGUAAAACUUUUUCAGAAUUAAAAUUUUUUAAAUCAAAUAUCAUAGGAUAAUUAGAAGAGAUUGAAAAUAAAUUAAACGAUGGCUUUAACAUUUUUUAAUAAAAACUUUUUGAAAAAAAAAAUUUCUAUGAAUAAGCUUUUAAUGAGAUUUAAUUCGGAGGGUUAAGCAAGAUGAUUGAAUAAAUUAAUAAUAUUUACAAUCAAGGAGUAUUUUAAGAAGUACAAUAAAGUUCUAAUGAUUUUUUAUACAAACAGUUAGCAUAAUAAUUAGAACAGGCAAAAUAAUCAAUUUAAAAAUUUGAAUAAUUAAUUUAAUAGAAACCCUAAGAUCAAGUUAAAAUAAAAAUCAAUAAUAUAGAGUUGUUGAUUUAGAAUUAAAAAAUAUAAAAUCUUAAUGAUCUCUACUUUUAAAUCAAAAUAGAUGCCUUAAAAUAAAAUAUAACAAAUAUUCUAGAUUAGGAUAUAUUAUUAUUUAAAAAAAAUAAAGGAAUUAAACUGAAAGGAAAUAAUUAGCUAUUCAAUUUAAAAGACUAAUUAGAUAUUGAAGUUAUUUCAUAUUUAGAAAUUUGA